UCCUCAUAUAAAACCACCAAAACCCUUUUCCUCUGUCCUUCUCAUUUCUUCUCCACCCUUUCAUUCUCGCGCCCCUGAACUUUUGAGAAGAUCCAGAAAAACCCUAGAAAUCACCAUUCCAAGAGGGAGGUGAGAGAAAGACACUGCAAGUAGCAGAACUAAUCACCAUCUUUCUCUCACCUCACUCACUUGCUGUCUCUCUCGGAUCCAAAUCUGAGCUCAGGUUGAUUUCAGAGAUUUCAUCAGUGAUGGCAGCCUCCGCUCAGCAAGCCCCAGUGCCUCCUCCUGAUGUUGUCGGUAAUGCGUUUGUUCACCAAUACUAUCUCAUCUUGCAUCAAUCGCCGGAACUUGUUCAUCGAUUCUACCAGGAUGAUAGUAAGCUUGGUCGUACAGAGGAGGGUGGGAUCAUGAGUACCACAACCACCAUGCAGGCCAUAAACGAGAAGAUACUAUCACUUGGUUGUGGAGAUUUCAGAGCAGAAAUUACUACAGUUGAUUCACAAGAAUCAUACAAUGGGGGAGUCCUUGUCCUUGUGACUGGAUAUUUGACUGGAAGUGAUAAUAAUCGACAAAAAUUUACUCAGAGUUUCUUCUUGGCACCUCAAGACAAUGGCUAUUUUGUUUUGAAUGAUGUCUUCCGAUUCGUUGAUGAUGCCAAGCAUCAAAAUGGAAAUCUGGAGGUUAUCAGUAGUGUUGAAGCUCCACCAACUCCUAACCAGGAAUUUUCUUCAGUGAAUGAAAAUCACAUUUCUGAGCAAACAACUGCUUUCUCUGAGGAAGCCAAUGUGGAGGAAGUGUGUGAUCCCUCUGAGGAUGGGGAUGGAGCAAUUGAAGAAGAGGAAGCACCAGUGCCUGAAAUUGUUGAUGAAGUUCCUGAUGAUUCACAUAUGGUAGUUGAUUCCCAGACUGUGGCUGAACCUAAUGCUAAGAUUGAAGAAGUGCCAAAGAAGUCAUAUGCAUCAAUUCUGAAAGUUAUGAAGGAGAACGCUGCACCUUUUUCAAGCCCUGCCCCUUCUCCUGUGAGGUCUGCACCAAAAAGCCAAGAACAAGUCACUGCUGCAGUACCUCCUGCAUUGGCAACUGAGACACAUGUCUUUACUUCAAAUACUACUGAAAAUGGGAAUGUCCAAGAGAAUGAAGCUGAAGGCCCUUCCAUCUAUGUGAAAGGUCUACCUUUAGAUGCGACACCUGUGCUACUUGAGGAUGAAUUUAAGAAGUUCGGACCUAUUAGGUCUGGUGGUAUUCAAGUUAGAUGUCAGAAGGGAUUUUGCUUUGGCUUUGUUGAAUUUGAAGUGGCAAGUGCUGUGCAAAGUGCAUUGCAGGCUUCUCCUAUCAUGAUUAGUGGAUGCCGGGUUGUUGUGGAGGAAAAGAGAUCUACUUCUCGAGGGAACAAUAGGGGUCGAUUUUCCUCUGGAGCUGGGGCUGGAUACAGGAACGAGGGACCGAGAGGGCGUGGAAAUUUUGGAGGGGGCAGAGCCUAUGGCCGAAGUGAUUUCACUAACAGGACAGAGUUUGGAAAUAGGAAUGGUAAUAGGGGUGGAUAUUCAAACCGUGGAGGUGAUGGAUAUCGGAGGAAUGAUAAGAUGAGGAACAAUGGUGACCGUGCAAACCGUGCUGGUGGGUUGUCUCUUAAUGCUGCAGCUAAAACAACAGCACCACGGGUAUCUGCUACUGCUUGAAGAUCUGUAACAUCGGAAGAGGUGGUUUGGAAGAGAUUAUAGAUAAUUUUAUGUUCAUUAGUGCAGUGAUUUAUCGGUAUUAAAUGAGAAUGAUACACAUCAAUAGAUGAGCUUCUUGAAAUUUUUGUUAA